AUGUCGAAUGAAAAAGACCAAGCUAGAUACGCCGAGGUCCUCGACAACACCCAAUUUGCUUUCAUCGCUACCAUCCACAAGCUCUACUCGAUGGUCGUAAAUAACCAGCCCUGGGAGUUAGGCGAGCCUGAACUGAACAACCACGGCCAGCCCAUAAUACACAGCAUUGCCCAGAAACUGGGAUGCAUCAGACCUCAGAGCGAUAUCGAGCUCCCCAUGGAAGACAAGGAUGCAGACUUCUCCGUGUGUAACCGAACCGACCAGGGGCCAUUGUCGCCUCAGACCUUUACCUACAGCACCAAUGACUUCGGUUUUGCCCCUCCGCUCCCCGAUAUUGAUGCAGCGGCCAAGUGCCCUCCGCAGUCGCCCUCAAUGUCCAACUUUCCCGCCUGGCUCAUGACCGCCAAGUCCCAGCUCAGCAACCUGACCAUGCAGUUCAUGCAGCAGCCUGGCCCUUUGGGCAAUGUCGACCAGUGGCACCACAGCCUCGCCGGGUGGGCAGAGAUAGUAUAUAGUUAA